CCUGAUUUUCCCAAGUCACUUACUCCCUACGAAAAUAUCUCAACAACCUGACUCCGAACCAAAUCAAAGGGGGCCCAGCUCCCCCUGUGUCGCCGUCGCCGCCGCGUUGAGGCCCUCCGUACCUGCUUUCCCUUCAAUGCAGGCAGCAUUUGUCCGCUCCCGCGCCGAUCCGAGCAUUCGCAGCUCCCGCCCGCCGCAACCGAGGACCCAGGACCUCGACUCGCCACGCCGUUUGCGCGCGCGCGCGCGCACGCGACCUCUUCCCUUCUUCGCCCGCAGCCGCCGAGUCAAGAGAUAGACGCGGGUAGCCCGCCGCAGCCCGCCCGCACACACCGCGAAUGGUUGUGGGCGCGUCGCCGCCGCCGCCGCCGCCGUUCGCCACGGCCCUGCUGGCGGGCGGCAUCGCGGGGACGACGGUGGACCUGUCGCUGUUCCCGCUGGACACGCUGAAGACGCGGCUGCAGGCGCGCGAGGGCUUCUUCCCGUCGGGCGGGUUCCGGGGCAUCUACCGGGGGGUCGGGUCGGCGGUGGUCGGGUCGGCGCCGGGGGCCGCCUUCUUCUUCUGCACGUACGAGGGCGUGAAGCGGCUGCUCGCGCCCGGCGCCGGCGCGGCUGGCGCGCCGUCCCCCCUGCACCACAUGCUCGCCGCGUCGCUCGGCGAGGUCGCCGCCUGCGCCGUCCGCGUCCCCACCGAGGUCGUCAAGCAGCGCGCCCAGGCCGGCCUCCACGGCGGCUCCAGCGCCGCCGCCCUCGCCCACAUCCUCCUCCGCUCCGGCGGCCCCCUCGCCGUCUGGCGCGAGCUCUACCGCGGCUGGGGCAUCACCGUCAUGCGCGAGGUCCCCUUCACCGUCAUCCAGUUCCCCCUCUGGGAGGCCCUCAAGACCUGGAGCCGCCAGCGCCGCCGCCGCGCCGACCGCGCUGCCGCUAUCCUAGCCGGCCGCGGCGCCGGCAGCACCACCGGCCGCGCCGACGUCACCGCCGGCGAGAGCGCCCUCUGCGGCAGCCUUGCUGGCGCCGUCGCUGCCGCCGUCACUACCCCGCUCGACGUGCUCAAGACCCGCGUCAUGCUGUCCAAGGAACGCCAGAGCGUCUUCGUCGUCCUGAGGGACCUGCUGUCCAACCACGGCAUCCGGCCCUUCUUCGCCGGAAUCGGGCCCCGCGUCAUGUGGAUCAGCGCCGGCGGCGCCAUCUUCCUGGGCAGCUACCAGUGGGCCGUCAACGUCCUGCAGGGGAACAUUUUAUGACACCUUUACAUACGAUGACACUAAUUGAAAACGAAAACCGGGAUGAGAAAGCACUUACUAUGGGAACGGGUGCUUGAGAAUGCAACCCCGCUCUCGCUCUCGCCGUGUAUAAUCUCGUGGGGUAUAAUUAUAUAUAUAUAUAUCCCGAGUUGUGCUUCCGAGCACGACUCGGGAUGCGGGGUGGACGAGUGCCAUUAUCUAUGUACAACAGGUGACAGAAUACCCCCUUUAGACUUGCCGGAUAUAGACAUAACAGAUGAUACCCUCCCGAUUGUUUACCCCUUUGCCUCAAACCACUUCAACCC